CGUUAUUGAAGCCAGAGAAGAAGAAGAGUGAGCGGAGCCGGAAGUACAGAGCUUGACAGAAGGACAGAGCCGUGCGGUGCAGCGACUGUGGUGCGUUAGCUCAGGGAAGAUGCUGACCAAUAUCUCUAACGUGCUGAGAGCUGGCGCUCAGAGAAAUGGAGUUGCAGUGGUCAUGUCAGCACGCACAUAUGCUGACUUCACAACCCAGGCUUCCUUUGAAAUAAAGAAAUGUGACGUCCACAAGUUGGAUGAGGCCCCGGCCACUGAGGUGGUUAUGACUCGUGAUGAAGGUCUGCAGUACUACCGCACCAUGCAGACCAUAAGGCGUAUGGAGCUGAAGGCAGAUCAGCUGUAUAAGCAGAAGAUCAUCAGAGGAUUCUGCCACUUGUAUGAUGGCCAGGAGGCCUGUGCAGUUGGUAUUGAAGCAGGAAUUAAUUUGACAGACCACCUGAUCACUGCAUACCGUGCCCACGGCUACACUUACACCAGAGGAGGGACUGUGAAGGAGAUAAUGGCUGAGCUCACCGGCAGAAGAGGAGGUAUCGCAAAGGGAAAAGGAGGCUCUAUGCACAUGUACUGUAAGAACUUCUAUGGAGGAAAUGGAAUUGUCGGAGCUCAGGUUCCCCUGGGUGCUGGUGUGGCUCUGGCCUGCAAGUAUCUGGGCAACAACGAGCUGUGUGUCAGUCUCUAUGGUGACGGUGCUGCCAACCAGGGUCAGAUUUUUGAAACCUACAAUAUGGCAGCACUUUGGAAGCUGCCCGCCAUCUUCAUCUGUGAGAACAACAGGUAUGGCAUGGGCACAUCAGUGGAGCGAGCUGCAGCCAGCACAGACUACUUCAAGAGAGGGGACUACAUCCCUGGUCUCCGGGUGGAUGGGAUGGAUGUUCUGUGUGUUCGGGAAGCAACCAAGUUUGCAGCUGAUCACUGCAGAUCUGGGAAGGGUCCCAUUCUCAUGGAACUUCAGACCUACCGCUAUCAUGGACACAGUAUGAGUGAUCCUGGUGUCAGCUACCGCACACGUGAGGAGAUCCAGGAGGUCCGCGGUAAGAGUGACCCUAUCUCAAUGCUGAAGGACCGCAUGCUCAGCAACAACAUGGCCAGCGUGGAGGAGCUCAAGGAGAUUGAUGUGGAGGUGAGGAAGGAAAUUGAAGAUGCUGCUCAGUUUGCCACCACGGAUCCUGAACCCCCACUGGAAGAACUGUGCAACCAUAUGUUUUACAACAAUCCACCCCUGGAGGUGCGCGGCACAAACCCGUGGAGCAAGCUGAAGUCUGUUAGCUAAAUUUUUUUUCAUCACCUCAUCCACCCUAUUAUAUAUUAACCCCCUUGCCCCUCACAUAUACGCACACAUCAUAAAAUGUACCAUAAAGUAGUGCCUCAGACCCAGAGCUUAAAGCAUCAAGAAGUAAUUUAAUUCCAUUUUAACAACAGAGACCAUAUUCACAAAGAAGUUCUGAGAAUAACACUGUAUGCAGGCACAGUCAAAGAUAUCUUGGACUUGAAAGUUAUCAGUGCUACAUAAAUUAUCACAGUAAACACAAAGCCUUAGAGAGGGAAAUGUAAGUUGGGUAAUCUUCGAAUUUUUUUGGUGUUCAAAACCUUGAUUGCAUUUGUCACAGUAAUACAAUAGCCUCAUGAAAUUCUGUCCCAUAUUUAUUAUAUUUUUCAUAAGAAUAUUAAACUAUUUGCCAAUUCACCACAUUGUAGUGAAGAACAUGCACCAAAAGAUAUAAAUUAAUUCCUGUGAUUAUUUUAUUUUAGAGGGAAGCUCAAGAAAUGAAUUAAGUUACUGUAUUUUAAGCAUAUUGGGUUCUCUUAACAUUAAGCUCUUAUCAUUUUGUAUCUUCAGAAGGUUUUGUAAAUCUGGCUCCAAGGGAAUAUAUUUAGUAGAAUCUAAAUUUGCUUGUUUGAUGAUUAUCUCUGGUCACUGGUGAGGUGUGAUUUAAGCAAAUGUCCAUCCAUCACGGAUCUCAUAAAGAGACUGUCUGACCUGUAAAAGAAAAAAAAAGACUAUGUACUCUUUAUACUUAAGUGUACGAGAUAAACCAUUCAGUUUAAGUUAACUAGUUCUUGUCUUUUUUUUAUUUAACCCCCCUUGUUACAAAGACGCCAUCAAAGGCAUCAGGAUAAAGACAACGUUCUCAAUAUGGCUCCAUAUGUUUUUCUUUCAAUAUACUGUAUGUACGAGAGGGUGAAGAAUACCAAGGGAAAGGUUUAAAAUAUUUUAAUUUAUCUUGCCAAACCAAACGUGCCUGGCAGAUCUCGUGUUGUUUAGAGGAUGAGUGUGUCGUCUCAUGUUUGUGUCACACUCCAAGCUGAGCAGGUGAUACUAUGCAUCUAAAAGCCAGAUGUUUGAAGACGUGUUCACUGAGGGUUUUUGCAUUCAUAUGGUUAUUUUGCAGAUACUCAGGUGCCUUUUGAGUUUCAUGGCACAAACAUAAACCGCUCAUUUUCAUAUAUUUGCUGAAGCUCUUUUUCAUUUUCUGAUGUACAUGUAUGACGAUAUUUAUUAUCCUAAAUAUUUACACUCAAAAUGACCACAAGCUGAACCAACUAUUACUGCAACAACGGUGAACAUAAACAUAAUGACUUUUAGUCAAGAGUGCAUUCAUCAGCUAAGCUCCAUUGUUCGCCUUGAUUUUCCAAAUCAAAGAGAGAUGUUGGGUUAAGUAUUGUUGGUUCAACUGGGAGAGCGUCAGCUUUAUGUGCCACUUGUAUGUUUUGCUCAGAAGGUAUUUUGUGAUAUUUUGACAUGUCUGCAGUGGUACAUUAUUGGCUCAAAUGCACAGGGAUACAUGGACAUUUUGAAUUUCAGUCUGUUUUUUUCUUGUCAAGUACUUGAACACAUUAUUGUGGAAAAAAUGUCUGCACUGACACAUCAGGUAGCAAAAUAAAAACAACCUGCAUAACCUGCAUGUACUGUUAGCGGCAAGCUGCCAUGUUCAUUUUCAAUCAUUAGUAUUGAUAAACAUUGUAACAAUGCUUGUAACCCUUUAAAGGGUACCGGAAGGGUCUUUUCUCUGUAAUGUGAAACAUAUUUGGUCAAAUAAGAAGACAGACUAAAAUUUAAAAUGUCAAUACCUGUCUUAAUACAACUGAAAAUGCCUACAGUGUGAAUAUUUAGUAUGUUGUAUUAAACUGUUGCAUUGAAGGUGGGAGAUGACGAAGGGAAACGCUAAAUGGUAACAUUGGUUUUAUGUGUGCUCACAUUGUAAUAAAAAGACUGUAAGGUACUGUA